UUACUCGACUUUGCCAACGGCAUGACCUAGUUAAAGAGUACUCAACACGUUUCAGACGACGGCGUCUAUUCAUUUCCACGUAGGUAUAUGAUGCGGGUUUCGUGCUCAGCAUGUUUCACCGUCACUGAUGCUUACUUGUUCUAGUUUUAGCACUUGGCCUAAGAUACUGAAAGGAGCGAACUUCCCAGGUCAUCACUGGUGCCAGCCAAAAAGUGUGGUGGAUUCACAACAUCGACAAGGAAAAUGGGCUUACUUCGCAUGUUGUAUACAAUUUUUGCGGACAUCUAUUGGUUUCCUUGGGUUAUGACAGAUUUUAAGAAUAUGCUUUAUCGCUAUUGGCAAGGAAAACUUCCCAAGUCAUAUGAGUUUACAGACUGCGAAGGAAACACGGUAUCUUUGACAGAGUUCAAUGGAGUUACCUUUGAUAGGUCAUUUCUAGGGCUACAGGACGCUGUAGAAAAUCCUAAUCACUUUCAAGCAAGAGAGGAUGAUAUAUGGGUUGUUAACUGGCCCAAAUCGGGAACUCACUGGCUGUGGGAGAUCAUCAUGAUGCUAACGAGUGACAAACCUCAACUCUCUUCUCGCGUCAAGGAAGAAUGCAUGUUUGAAUUGCGACCCGACAACGCCCUUGAUGCCAUGCCCUCACCGCGCGUUCUCGACACCCAUGUGCCUUAUCAGUUUUUCCCUAAACAAGCCUUGUCUAAAUCUAAAGUGCUGUACAGCGUCCGACAUCCCAAAGAUGCUGCCGUAUCUCUGUAUUAUCACAUGCGGAACAUAGAAGAUUAUUCGUAUUUAGGAACUUGGAACGGAUUUUUCUCGUUGUUUAUGGAAAACAAAGUUGAAUGUGGCAGUUGGUUUGAUCACGUCGAGGGAUGGUUGGAAAUUAUUGAAAACCACUCCAAUGUUCAACUGGUCAAGUUCGAGGAUUUGAAAGAGGAUUUGACUAGGGAGAUAAAACGUGUUGCAGAGUUUAUCGGGUAUCCAAAGUCAGAUGAGUUUUACGCCGAGGUUGCGAAGCAGUGCUCCUUUGAGAAUAUGAAAAAGAACAAAACCGAUAUGUUGAGUGGAUGGCGACCUAAAAGCGAUGGAAUGUAUAGGAAAGGAAAAGUAGGCGGCUGGAAAGGUGUAUUUACCGUACAACAGAAUGAAAUUUUCAACUCCGAGUAUGAAAAGCGGGCCAAAAACUUUAAAAUUGAUUUAGGAUACAGAGUUUGAACGAAUGCCGUCAUUUGUGAGAAGUGUUUGAAAAAGACCCGGGUUUCAAAGCCUGAUGUCACGGCAAACUAUGUGAUAAUUCAUAACUCAAAACAAACUCACAAUAAAUAUUUUAUGUACCUAUAUGGAGGUGUCAAAACCAAUAUUUUGACAUAUUAAUUCAUAAGUUUACAGAAUCAUACAAAUGCUUGCGUACUCGCACAAAGAUUUGAUUUUAUUUGUAUGUGAUACAGAAUGUAUGUAGCUAUGUGUAUAUUUGCAUUAGUUUGGUCUUGUCUAUCAAUGACGCCCCCUAAGUCUUAAGUGUCAAACGUAUAUCUCUUACAAAGAGGUAUUUGUUAAAGGGAUAAAAACUAUUCAUUUUUGGCGGGUAAAGCGCAAUAAAACGGAUUUUUGGGGUAAAUGACUGUGUUCCUAUACUAACUAAUGGUGAAUGCAUCCGUUCCAACAUUCAAAAUUGUCGAUUGUAAUUUUUUUCUCUUAAGAGAUAAUUACGGAGGAUAGCCAUAUAUGAAGAUCCACGUGGUCUGAUCACAAGAACAGAUUUCAAAAUAAUUGCGAUAACCCCCGUUAAUAUGGUAAAAUGGAAUUUAUUAUAUUUAUUGUGAAAUUUUGAAUCUCAUACGAAGAGUUGUAAUUCCUUCAAGUAGCAGUAAUCAGAGAACUUUGUGAGCUAUUGGUAACUGUAAUCAUAAGUUUAUAAGUGCCGUUUUUAUCCUAGAAUCUUUACUCUUGAUUACAGGGUGUGAAAUUUUACCUGUGUCUGUUACAUGUAUACUCGUCUGUCGCCCCUACGCAAUCAUGCACAUUGCGACAAGGGUAACCAGAGAAUUAAUUUUAAAUUUACAUAACAACGACUAUCGUGUAAAAUGGAGAUGUAAGUAGUAGAAUUUUGACCUACCUAGCUUAAUCAUUGAAAUACCCCAAUCCCAAUAAUUUUUAACAUGCGGCUCCUAAUUGAGAGGGACGCAUUUUUACCAAGCGGUUGACAUAGGAGGGAUUUUUGACUCGCCGAAAUGCCAAAAGCUUGAGUUGUUCCAUGAGAAUCAUUCAGAGGAUUAGACAACAUCAUAACAAAACAGGCACAUAGGAAAAAUUGCCUGGGUAAGGCAGUCCGAAGGAAACCACGCCCAGAGACGAGAGAAUGUUAAUACGCUUUCCUCUUAAAAAACGUUUCAUAGCAUUUAGGAACUUGACUGCAACAUUUUACAAGAACAGCACACACCCUGAGUUCACCGUCAGAAGUUAUUUCAGCAGGGUUUUUGUUAGGAGACCAGUGAUCACUGCCAGGAACCGUCUACGUUGAGCCAGAUGGUAAACUGAAACUCUGGCAUGGACACCGGCCAAAAACUGGGAAUCGAUACUGUUCUUAGAUGAAAGCAAAUUUAGCGUUUUCAGAAUUUAUUGACGCGUAAGGGUUUGGAGAACGGCUGGUAAGAAGUAAUUUCCCAAUUUUCUGUCUCUGGUCGACGGGACGCACCCCACCCAAGUCAUGCAUGGGGUGUAUUGGCUAGUAUUGCGUAGGAAAGCUGGCAGUGGUCAAGGGUUCCAUAACACAGGGGAUCCAACUGAAUAUGCAACUUCAUCAAA